GUUGUGAUUGGGAAUGGAAACGUUGCAUUAGAUUGUGCACGCAUAAUGCUUUCAUCUGGAAUGGGGCGAUUGUGUGAAACCGAUAUUCCAGCGCCAAUUUUAGAUACUCUUUCGAAAUCCCAAAUACGCCAUGUUACUAUUAUUGGCCGACGUGGACCACUUGAUGUUUCUUUUACUAUCAAAGAAUUACGAGAACAAAUCACUCUUCCCGGUUGCUCAUUUUCGGUGAAUAUUGAUGAUUCUGAUCUGUCAGCUGCAAACAACUCAUUACCGUCACUGCCCAGGCCAAGAAAGCGACUUGUGGAACUUCUGCUGGACAAUAUUAAUUCGGGUAAAAAAAAGGCCGAACGUCAUUGCCAGCUGCUGUUCCGGAGAGUACCAACAAAGAGUAUACGUUGCGGCUUAUUGCUCUAUUGUAUUGGCUUUGAAAAUGUUGCUCUGGAUGGUUUACCAGCUGAUGAAAAUGGCCAGUUGAAAAUGCUGGAUACUGUACGUGUGAAGACAACGGGUAGCGGUAAUGCACGAGUUUAUGCAACUGGUUGGUGUGCGCAUACACCUCGAGGAAUAAUCGCAAAUACACAGGUUUGUCACUCUUAA